AGUAAUUGAAUUUAUUUUUAUAAAGAAAUUGAGUUUUUGAGAGUCUCAAAUACUCAUUACACUAUAAAAUGGUGGACAAAAUUAUUAAAAUAUGAUAAAAUAAUAUUAAAAUUUAAUUAAUAUUUGUUAUUAUAAUCAAUAAUCUUUGUGGGUGAUUUAUUAAUAACUAUUAAUAGGCGUACUUUCCCUACUCAGACUGGGUUAGAUGUACCGGUAGUCACACUACUGGGGUUAGUAUAUUAUACUAAUACUAGAACUAGAAUACUUACUAAUUACUACUUACUAACUUAGUAAAUACUUAGCCUACCAAUUUAACUGUGAUUAUGAUGUUAGAAGUAGUGGGAUAGUAGUAGUAGACUUAGUAACUUGAACACUUUUGCCUAUACCUAUACUGUUACCAUUACCAGUACUAUUAAUGGAGUAAAAAUUAGUCAAUUAGUCGUUUAUUAAGUUUCUAAUUUCUAAUAUAUACUAAUACCCUUAGCCCUUAGUGUUUAUUAACAUAGCUUCUCUGUUUCCAGUAUAAACAUAGCAAUGUCGUCAGAUGAAUCAGAUGAGGUACCUGGGCUCUCUGCUCAUGCCUUAGCAGCCUUACAAGAAUUUUAUCAGGAGCAGAAGAGAGAAGAAGAGAAGUUAAGCGAAGCAUUAUUAGGCAAUGAUGAUAAUUUUCAGCCUCAAGAAGAUUGGGUAGGUUCAGGAAUGGAAAAUACUUAUAACUUAGUUAACUUAGUCUUAUAGUACAUUGACUAAUAAUAUUUAAACUUAAUUUAAUACCGUACUUUAAUCAGGCCUGCACAACAAAUGGCCCACAGGUUGCAUGUGGCCUGCCAGCACCCACAUUGGGGCCCGUAAAGUAACCAAAUAUUCUUUUUAGCUUUUAUCCUUGUCCUAUUUUCUUUCAGCCCGCACAAGUUUUUCAUAAAGUAUCACAGCCCGCCUUACAUUUUGAGUUGUGCAGGCCUGCUUUAAAUCACCAAGUGUGAUAAAUCAUAAAAAGAAAAGGUUUUUAUUAAGUAAAUAACUUACCCUGGAAGUUUCUAAACUAAAAUAUAACGCAGCAUGGUUAUAAGUUCUAGAUUGGUUAAGUCUGUUAGUUGUCAGGCAGAAAUUAGGGGGAAAUAGGUGAUUCUGUCUAAUUUUCAAAUAAAUUUCUUUAUUUUAUUUUCCAUUUGUUUAUUAAUCUGCAAAAGCAGUGUUAUUAGCUUUAUUAUCAGGAUUUCCUUAAUUAAAACAGAACACUCCUGGGGAAAAUAAACAUCUAAAAUAAUUACAUUUAUUCUAAAACCAGUAACCUGGAGUAUCACUAUUAAUAGUAUCAGUAUCAGGGCUAAAAAAUGUGUUAACAUUUAUUUGUACAUGUAUUUUAAUGCUAAACCCUACCAUCUGCCACUGUCUUGAAAUACUUAAAGUUCUUAAAAUUUAAAAAUGACUUAUGAACAGUACCAGUAUGCAUAUAAAUUAAAUAAAUACAUAACUCGGUAUAAUUUAUUCAUCAGCAACUUAGCCAAUUUUGGUAUGAUGAUAGAACUGCAGAAGCAUUGGCUAAGGAAGCACUAUCAGUUGUUGAAGAUCAUGGAAGGUAAUAAAUAAUUAUAGAAAAGUAGGCACUUUAACUUUAAAUACCAGUUGUUUUUAAUUAGAAAUUUAACCAAAUCAUGGAAAUUAUCUUAUUUUAAUUAAAUAUAAGCAGAUUUUGGCCAUCAAUUUCAUUUAUAUUCUGAAAAAAAAGAAAAUUUAUAUACCUUUUAUUCUGCAGAAUAGCCUGUGUAAGUUCACCUACAGCUUAUAAAAAGAUAUGUGAGCUUAAAAAAGAUACAGUUAAUGUGAAAUGCUUCGAGUAUGAUACCAGGUUUCAGAUUUACGGGGAGGAUUUUGUAUUCUAUGACUACAACGAACCUCUGAAAAUAGAUGCAGCUUUGAAAAACCAGUUUGAUUUGGUUGUCGCAGACCCACCUUUUUUAUCAGAAGAGUGCCUUUGUAAAACUGCAAUCACAAUCAAGUUUUUGGCUAAGGAUAAAAUCAUUUUAUGCACAGGUAAUAUUAUGUACUAAUAACCCGCCAAACAGCGGAGGCGAUGCAUGAACUUUCCAUGUACGGUACUAAAGAUAGUUAUAAAAAAAUACAUUCACGUAACGCACUAUUAAAACUUCUGGGAAUUUUUAUUUGUGCACCUAUUGGACAUAGCGUUACAACCAUACACACAUACUGGUACCUAGACAAUUAUUAUUUGUGAUUGUCUUAAAAUUAAUUUUUAAGUUCAAUAUUAAGUUAACUUUAUAACUGAAUAAUCAGCUGCUAGCAAAAUCGUCAUUAUAAAUGCGAAGGAUUUAAUGUGUAUUGGUUAAUAAUAAUAAUAAAGUUAAUUUGAAAAACACACUUCAUCCCCAAAAGCUCGAAGCGCGGUACAGUCAACAAUCCAAAAAUUUACCACAUUUAAAAACAGACGCUACAAUAUAAAACCUACACACAAGCAUACCAAGUCAAAGUCUUUCAUCCCAUUUCAACCUUAAGCAACACAAGCCAAUGCCCAUUAACUGGAAAAAGAUGGUAGAUAGCGAAAUUGAUGUGUUUUUAAAGGACUCCAGUGUCUUGCUGUUUCUGAGAGCGACAGGAAGGGUGUUCCAAAUUGUUGGGCCAGCAAAUGUAAAUGUUCGCUUUCCAUAAGUCUCAAGGCGAACAUGCAGUAUCAAUAUUUUGCCACUAUUGGAUGAGCGGAGCCGUCUAGUUGGUACAUAAGGCGUCAUGAGUGCUUUGAGAUAGGACGACGCCAGGUCAUGUAAGCAGCGGUAGCACAAAGUUGCAAUUUUGUACUCUAUGCGAGCGGUUAAGGGGAAUUCACUCUUUUUUCUAUUUCUAUAUAAAUGAAUUUGCUUACUAUUUACAUUUCUGUUACCGGUAUGUGCUUGUACUUUAUCACAGCUUUUUUUGUGAUCAAUCGUGUUUUGAAAUUUAGAGAGGGUCUAGAUGCAAAAUCAACACAGACUUACUUUAUUGGAAUUAUUUCAAAGGGAUUAAAAUGAAAGCAAUGAUUUCAGAGAUCUUCCACAUGCAAGCAAUGACAAUAUUAGCUCUAGCUCUAAUGGUGACGUACAAGUCAGACAUUGACAAUUUUAGCUUUAGCUUUAAGCUUAGUCAUAUUGUUGCAUAUUUGGUUGGGAAAAGGUGGAGAUUGAAAAGAAAAGACAAACAUUGGAUUCCAAAGACCUACUUUAAAGAGAUUCAAAAACAUUUGUUUGUUUACGUUCUGGAGUAUUAAUUAAUUUAAAAAAUGGAAUAAAUAACUGGAAAAGGCAUUUUUGAACUCAUUUCAUGCUUUCCUUCUUAUAUUUUAUAGUAAUUUGGAGAUACUGAUAGUGAAUGAAAAAUUCACCAAUAUUAAUUAAUAUUACAAUUUUUAAUGCAAGUACCUAUCACAUUUUCUGAAAGAAUAUUGCUUCUACAUCAAUCAUCUAGUAACGUAUCUCAAAAACUUUAUUUUAUAUUUUAUGACAUUUUGAACAAGUUAUGAAUAUGGAGCAUUAGGUUGGGUUGAAGUGAAGUAAGUCAUAAAAUUUUACUCACUCUGUAAAGGUGAAGGUCAAAAUCAACAAAUAAAAUAAAUUCUUUUCAUACCAAAAGAUUUAAGACACCAAUGUACUGUACUUUCAGAAAAUGUAUACUUGAAGGGGUCUCUGAACUCUCUUAGUAUGGGAUUUUGACAGGAUGAAGACGCUAAAAAUGGCCUAAAGAAAUUUUCAGUUUGAGUUAUAACUUGCCUAUAACUAUAUAGUGAUUACCCAGCUAUCUUUUGUUUCUUUAUUAAAAUGGCUUACUUAAUAAUAGAUCGUCAACUUAAUUUUUUUUUUGAAUAAACCAUAAUGUCCCAAUCAUAAAACAGCUCUCUUAAAUCUUGAAAAGUUCAUUGCUUGGCCUACACCUUUAAAUUUGAUAUUAUAAACUUAGGUCUGUUUUCCCACUUAGUGAGCUUUUGUCCACUGAUACUGAAAAAUGUUUUUGGACUGGACAUUUUACCUUCAGUCUUAUGAAACUUGUAAUAAUAUCCAUUUUAAAAAAAAUUAAAGUGUGCCAUAAUUGGAUUAUGUGUAGUCAUAGAUCAUGAUUAACUGCUUUGACCUAAUCUAAACAGGAAAUUUCAUGAAUUUGUUAAUAAUUUUAUCUUUUGCAGGGGCUGUAAUGGCAGAUCUAGCCAAGCGACUACUGAAAGUGAUUCCUUGCAAGUUUGAACCAUCUCAUGUCAAUCGCUUACAAAACAGUUUUAUGUGCUAUUCUAAUUACAACUGCAAAAUAUUAAACUUAGAAAAUUGAUUAAACACAUGUCUUUUGUAACUUUCAUUCCACAAACUUGAAUUAAAAGCUCUUUAAUUUAUACAUUAUUUAUUGAUCUCUGGAC